AUGCGGCACCUAUUAUCCUGGGAAGUGGAUGUGAACAGAGAGUUGUGGUGCUACGAGGACGAAAAGGACCAAACGCUAACAUGGGAGCCAACUUCAGCUCUCCACUUGGCUGUCGAGGAUGACAACUUGCCCAUGGCAGAUCUGCUUUUGGAACAUGGAGCCGAUGCGAAUGCGAUAUUCCCAGAACGCAUGCCCACUUCCGUUGUCUGGCUCACACAACGCACGCUCACUCCCUUGGAUGUAGCUGUAGGGCGGGGUAAUGAGUCUAUGACUCUCUUACACCUUCAAAAUGGCGCUAAAAUAAGAGAUGAAAUCACUCUGCGUCGGGCUAUAGACCAUGGAGGCUUACUGGCUGCGGUGAAGGCUGGUCAUCACAAGCCUCGGGACUACGACUUCAUCAAACUAUCCGAAGUAGCCCCCAAUUACAAUUUUCGGGCUGUGGUAGAGGUGCUGCAUUUAUAUGGCGCCAAUUUGAAUGAAGAUUCUCUUCUUCAUGACGCCGUAGAGCAUUACGGGUCUCUUGAUAACGGUGUCAUAGAACGUCUCUUAACCCUUGGCGCCGACGUGAAUGCGAAGGAGAGUGAGGGGGAUUCAGUCCUAUCUCGCGCUUUUGAAAACGAAUACUACGACUUUCAACGAUGUAAAGCCUUUGUGCAAUUGCUUACAGCUCACGGAGCUAAAGCUAAGCCCGGAGAGCUCGCAAAUGCCCUUGAAAACGCUAUGUUGAGCGAAGAAUUCGAUUGGUUUGAAUUAAUCCUUGACCACGUAGCGGACGUGAACUCCCUAUUGUAUACUGAGGGGAAUUCCCUACAUCUCGUGAUCGCAAAUGAAUUCGAUCAUCAUGCAUCACAAGAAAAGUUCCUCAAAUCACUCCUAAACCGAGGAGCCGAUGUUCUUUUGAGAUACCAUGAAUCUAAAACGCCAUUGGAGCAUGCAAUCUCGUUCUCAUGGAAUCAAAACCUAGCGAAGCUCCUUCUCGAUGCGGGGGCCAAAGCCCAAUGUCAAGGCAAAGAAGGAGCCCGGCUCCUCACUAACCUCAUUGCGGACGGGGUAAACGCCUGGUCUAACCCGGAUACCAACGAUCUUCGGGACUACUUGGAUGGGUUUCCGGCAUUGGAUUUACAUGAGUUCAGUGGGAUAGAUGCUACGAUCCAGUUGCUUAUUGGGUGUCUGUCCAGACUACGUAGAUGA